AUGGCCUCUUCCUCAACGGCGACAGCUUCAUACGUUCCGAACGAUUUUGCUCAGCAGAUCCAGUAUGUAGAAAUGACAGAUCCACCACAGUUGUCUGUUCAGACGUACUCUCUACCUCCUUUGCCAUAUGCAUACACAGCGCUUGAGCCGCACAUAUCCGCAGAAAUCAUGGUCCUUCACCACGACAAGCACCACCAGGCGUACGUGACGAACCUCAACGCCGCGCUUAGCAACUAUUCAAAGGCCGUCGCAGAUGCAAACAUCCCUGACCAGAUAGCUCUGCAGAACUUGAUCAAGUUCAACGGCGGCGGCCACAUCAACCACUCGUUGUUCUGGAAGAAUCUCGCUCCUGCGGACACCAAGGAUGCUUCAGAACCCGAGGGCUCCGCCCCCUCGCUCGUUAAGAAUAUCAAGUCGACGUUCGGCAGCUUGGCCGGCUUCACCACCGCCUUCUCCGCUGCGCUGAUGGGUAUUCAGGGUUCUGGAUGGGGUUGGCUUGUCAAGGCCCCUGGCGAGGAGGGCGGCUUGCGAAUCGUUACGACGAAAGACCAGGAUCCCGUCGUCGGUGGAGAGGUGCCCAUCAUCGGGAUUGAUAUGUGGGAGCAUGCGUACUAUCUGCAGUACCAAAAUGGCAAGAUGACGUACAUCGACAACGUUUGGAAGAUCAUCAACUGGACCUCGGCGGAGGAGCGCUUUCAAGGCAGCCAUAUGAGCGUUGAUGCCGUCGAGGAGCUGAAAAGCUCUCUAAAGCAAUUGUACUAUGAUCCUGAGUUCUCAGACCUUACUAUCGCCAGUUGUGAUUUCGAGUAUCGGGUUCACAAGGCUAUUGUAUGCCCAAGAUCCGCAUACUUCGCUAAGCAGUGCCGUGAUGUCAAGUCCAAGGCCGCCUCUGAUGGCUAUCUGAAUUUGUCCGACGACGACCCACAAGCAGUUGGAAUGGCCGUUCGAUAUUUCUAUCACCUUGAUUACCCCUCAGAGUCGUCAGACCGUCUACAUGCCAAUGGUCUUCCUAAUUCAAAUGGACAAAACAACGGUCACGCUACAGAUGACGACGGGCCCAAUGAAUCUGUCAAGUCAGACGACCAACCAAUCGAGAAAGACGCAAAGUCAGAGGACCUCGUUGAGUCUCUGGACGACUUUCUCCCGCCUCAACCUCAGCGACUCAGCAAGAAGCAAAAGAAGCGCGCCAAGGCGCAUGCUAAAGAGAACGGAGUCCUCGGCUCCCCGAGUCCCCAGGGCGACUCGGUCUCAUCGCUCAUAGCAAUCGAUUCAUCACUCAGUCAGACCCAGGAGAAUCACAAUGAAGGAGGCGGAGCAGUUCUCGAGGCCAAGCAGAGUCCCGCACAUCGGGUGGAAGAGUUCGUGUCCAAAAGCAACGGAGUAGAGGCAGCCGCCAACAAGAGCCUCGUGCUGCACGCAAACGUGUACGCGCUGUCACGCAAGUACGACAUUUCCGGUCUCCGAUCGCUGGCCUUUGACAAGUUCAAAUCCGAGGCAGACAGUCAAUGGCAGACCGAGGAGUUUCUUCACGCGGCGAACAAGAUUUACACCUCAUGUUCUGAUUGCGAUGACGACCGCAAGAUGAAGGAUGUGGUCGUCGGAAUGAUCACCCGCCACGGCGAGUUGAUGGACCAGGCUGAGAUGCAAAAGGUCAUGCGCACUCUGCCGAAAGACAUGAUGUUUGAUAUCUUAAUGCAGGUCCGUCAGCAGGGAGGAUUUAGUGUGUGA